CUCUCACAGCGUUUGUGUUGCUUGUUGGGUUCAUUUCAGCGCAAUGAAUAGCGUUCAGUCGUCGGUCUUUGACGAAAAUGCGUCAGUGUCUCGUUCUACGGUCAAACAACAGGCGUCCGGACUGCAGGAGCGACGUUCCGUUGCGUUCGCCACUCCUGCUCGCAAGCCGCUUGGAAACGUGAGCAACGACGUGACUAAAUCAUCUAAACGUCCAGCGACAGCGCGAAAGAGCGUGUCGAAACCGAUGAGUUCGGCAGCGUUUACUGGCACUCCCGCUCUGCGCACGCGCAAAGUUGCUACGAGCCGAGCGACGGUACAGAAACAUUCCGAGCAGGAAGAUUUCGACGAAAUCAAUCCGUUUGAAGAUUUUCUGGAGCCGCCCACGCACGAAUUUGCUGUUGGUGACGUCACAUCGGAACUAUUAACUUUGAGGUCUGAGUUUACGCCUCUCUUUGCAAUACCUGCUAAACAUAAGAAAUGUAGAAAGACGGACCCUUGGAAAUCGUCUAGAAGAUUUGUGCUAUCGAUCAAACGAAAUCGUCAGGAAGUUGACGAUGAUGACUAUUGUGCAGUGAGGGAGAAAGACAAAGAAUAUCUUGCUGGAAUAAACGUGGACACUUUGCUUUGUUGAGUAGAACAGUAGUUGUUUGAAAUUGAUGGUUGCCAUGGUAACAAGAUUAUACAAGUAGUUUCGGCACCAAAUACUUCUGAUUUAUUUAUGUAAAGUUGAAUACAGAGUUGCUCAAGAAUGAGCUGGCAGCUGGUAUAUGAA